UUGUCAGAUUGCUUCCUUUCGGGCCACUAAUGCAAUAGAAGCGGGCUGUGCCACAAUGACUGGGCUGCUGGCUGCGUUGAGGCUCCUGAUUAUAACAUUUCUGAUCCAGGCCCAGGAGGUUCCUCCGCCGGUCCCUGUGACUGUGGUUCACCUCGGAGAUGCUGUGACUAUGAAAUGUUCCCUCUCUGAGGAAAAAAUCGGGUUGGUUUACUGGUAUAAGCUGAAUUUUGUGUAUCUGAUCCAAACAAUUGCUGCAGGAACCUAUGACGAAAUGUCACUCAAAGAAGAGUUCAACAGCUCAAGAUUUAACGUCACAAAAGCGGCCCGUGAUUAUUACCUCACCAUCAAACAUGUGAGCAAAGCAGAUGAAGCGUUAUACUUCUGUCAGGUUGGAUCAGCGUACAAGAUGACGAUUCGCAACAGCACAGUCCUGGCCGUGAACGAAGCCAGAGAGGAAAAGGUGUCCGUCUACGUGGAGCAGCGUCCGGAGGCGGCCGUGGCGGCGCCGGGCGACCCGGUGGACAUCCAGUGUUCACUUCUCAGCAGACACACGCGCAACGCAGCUCAGUGUCCCGGCGGACACAGCGUCUACUGGUUCAGGUCCGGAUCCGGAGGAUUCAACUCAAGCCUCAUUUACAUUCACAAGAGCAGGAGCCCUGAAAAGAGCUGCGUCUACACUUUCUCCACAACCAUCCAGGACUCCUCUGACGCUGGGACCUACUACUGCGCUGUGGUCAGAUGUGGGGAAAUCCUGUUUGGUGAUGGAACAAGAGUGGAGACAAAACAACUGGACCUGGUCGUCGUCAUACUUGGGACACUCCUGGUUCUGUGUGUGACUGUCAUUGCUGUACUUGUCUUCUCAAGGGACUGAAUGUGGAGUGAGGCAGAAAGGAGGAACCGCUGCCAACAUCUCACAUAGACAAACCCACACAGACAGGUUGGAGGGACCAGUGACCGCUGAACAUACAGAUGUGAGGCCGACGACAGACGCACAACUACAGGAGAAGACGACGCAAAGUAGAUGAUACGUGUGUUAACAUAGAGAGAAAAACAACAGCGGAAGCCGUGACGCCACCUACAACAUGAAGAGCUUUAGACCUGUCAGAGGCAACAGGUUCACAAUGUUAAACAUUGUAGUUUAGUGACAUCAUAAACUGUGACGUCUGUGGGAAAAUUUAAACUAAAUCAAAAGCUGUGUGGUGAAACCAGUUGUCUGUGUUCACAUGAACACAAACCACUGAUAAUGAUACAUGAUGAAGUAUUGUACAACCUCUAAAAUGUUGACGUGUUCAUAAACAGUAGAUUCUUAUCAUCUGACUUCCUUGUCACUGACUCUGUUACAGUUUGAACAAAGGUGGGUUUGUGGGCAGUGAAGGUUCGAGGGGGAAGAACAGUAGUUUAAUGGUGCAGUAGAGUUUUUACCCUCGUUAUUCUAAAAAAAAAAUAGGAACUCAGAUUUGUUCUUGUCUUGUAGAUUGUUCACUUACAAUAAAAAGUCCAUUUCAUAGUUUUUAGAUUUCAUUUAACAUUGUCUCUGUUUAAAUGAAUUGUGUGAAUGAAUUCUUUUGCACUGGUUUUAACUAAAUACUGUCUGAAUGAAGGGUGAACCGACAUCAUACAUGUAGUGCUAUGCAGUUCUUACCACCUUUCAGGAAGCAAACUUCAUAUACGUGCAUAAAU